UUACAGACAUGGACUGCCAUUUUUCUGUCUGGGGAGUUUUGGCCUUUUUGAGUUUGGCCCUGAUUGUUUCCUUGGUACUGAACAUCUCACACUAUAUGACAAAGAAGCAAGCUAAAUUAUAUAACGACUACGAAGAGAACAGCCCAAGCUACAAUAACCAUCACACAGAAGAUGACCCAGUUUAUGGCAACCUUAAUCAAGAUAUUUUAGAGGAAUGUUGUUAUGAACAGAUGACGUCCCAGCCUCAAAGACCAGUUAAUCAGCUACAGGUGGAGCCUGCCAAUCAGAUGUGUUAUGCCUCGCUUGAUCACAGUGUGAAGGGAAAACACAGAAAACCAAGGAGAAAGACAGACCCUUCCUUAGAAGAGGGUGAAGGAAGAUCAUCUAACCACACCACAAUGGCUUCCAAAGUCAGCAUUUACCUCAAUAGCGACCAGCUGGCUGCUGAAAACCCAGCCAAAGUAGAAGCCAUUCAUGAUGACCCCAUUCGCUUAAUGGGUUUGAUUCAUACUGCAAAAGGAGAGAACAUUUGAAUUGUCUUCACGAACCAAAUAUGCAAUCAGAACUUGAGAUCUACUUGUUCAUUCGGAGGGAACAGUGAAUCACUGGAAAUAAUAUUCUGGCAAACUGACAUCCCAAAAAAUGGUAUAAAAUGGGUAAGUUGUGUCUUCCAAG